CACGGUCAAAACGACGUAUACAAUGUUCCCAGACAAUAAGCCCAACGCACACAAAUGCGAUCUGCCAUCGCUGUCAAACGUCUGCCGCUUGUCAGAAUGUGUUCCAUAUCAUAAUUACAGUGUUUAUUUGUGUUUAAUGUGAAAAAGCUUUGAAAAAAUCCAAGAUGAAUAUAAAAGCAGCUUUGGCGAUUGCCAUGGUCUUUGUUGGAUGCUGUUCCAAUGUAGUAUUUUUGGAAUUGCUUGUUAAGGAAGAUCCAGGAGCCGGCAACUUAGCCACUUUUCUCCAGUUCCUAUUAAUUGCUACCGUUGGAUUCUGCACAGUCGGGAAGUUCGGCUUUGCUAAACGGAACAUUCCAUUCAAACAAUAUCUUCUCCUCGUGGGUUUCUUUUGGACAAGCAGCGUCACAAACAAUUAUGCAUUUGAAUUCAACAUAUCUAUGCCGUUACACAUGAUAUUCAGAGCUGGGUCCUUAAUGGCGAACAUGGCUAUGGGAGUUUGGAUAUUGAAGAAAAAAUACUCGCCUCUUAAAUAUCUUGCCAUUUUCAUGAUUUCAGCUGGUAUUUCUAUAUGUACUAUACAGUCAAGUGGAGAUGUUAAGGCACAAAGAGAAACACAUGCAGAUGCUGCUGAAGAAGAGAAAUUGAAGUUUAUUGACUGGCUCUGGUGGUGUCUGGGCAUAGGCAUCCUAACCUUCGCCCUAUUUGUCUCAGCUAGAAUGGGAAUAUUCCAGGAAUCACUGUAUUCAAAACACGGAAAACAUCCCUGGGAAGCAUUGUAUUACACACAUUUAAUGCCAUUAGUAAUUUGGAUACCGACAGCUCCGAAUCUGAUCAACCACGUCCAAAUAGCUAUGAAUACACCUGAAGUAGAUUUCUUAGGGUUUAUUUUACCUAGACAGAUUCUAUGGAUGAUCCUUUAUGUUCUGACUCAGGGUUUGUGUAUUAGUGCCGUUUAUGUUCUGACCACGGAAUGCGCUUCACUGAUUGUCACAUUGACCGUCACUCUUAGGAAAUUUGUUUCGUUAUUGUUUUCAAUUUUAUACUUCAGGAAUCCAUUCACUUUCGGUCACUGGAUGGGUACAUGCCUAGUCUUUAUUGGUACUAUGAUAUUUACCGAACUACUACAGAAAUUCAUUCUUAUGUUCCUGCCAAAGGAAAAGAAGAAGGUGCAGUAAGAUUAUGAUAGUGUGACGCUGCGUGUUUAUAUGGAUACCCGAUAAACUAUUUAUCAAAUUCCAUUUUAUAGCGAACAAUAAAGUUAAUAAUGCCCAUUUUUUUAAUUCCUUAGCAAUUAAGGUUGCUUAAAUGUACUAUAUACUGUAGCUACCGUUCAAAUUAUUUGUGACAUAUAUUAUAUAUUUUUAAUAUUUUAUAUGUAAUUAUUUUAUCAGGUAUCUAAGCGUUAUAAAUGAUUGACAAGGUGACAAAUGACCUAACUUUUAUGUAUAUAAUUUAAUUAUAUAUAAAUAUUUAUUCAAUUGAAUUACAAUUAAAACAAAUUAUGAUGUAUAAUGUAAUACUUAAGUUACGUACAAUAAUUUAAUCAACAUUUGAUUAGAUUUGGUAGAAAUAUAGGUCUCAAAAUAGCAUAGAUAUAAUAAAAUAUCGUAUCUUUUUUUUUCAGUUGACUUUUUUUAUUGUGUUGCCAUUUAAUAAUGUUAGUGCUGGUGUUAUGAUUGUAAAGUACAAUUAUUUAAAAUCCAUUUGGUAUCAUUAUUGUUGUUAUUAUUAUUAUUAUUUUAUUAAUAAUUUUACUAUGUGGAUGGUGGUUUUGCAUUUUUAGUGUUAAGCAAAUAUAUAAAAAUAAAUGUUAAUGAGUUAUUAGUGUUGUGAAAUAAAAUACUUUUACUGACUUUUAAUACUUUUAUUAGUCGGUAAUAUUUACUCAAUUCUAGAUAUUAAUGCUAUAUAUUAAUUAUCUGUAUAAGAGUUUAUCGUGUCCAUUAAGAGAAGGUAUUAUUAUUUUUUUAAAUAUGUAUGAUUUUUUUAAGAAUGUCAUAGCCCAGUAGUUAUAUUAUUUUGAAAUUACUUUUACAUAAGACUUUUUUGACUCGCGGCGUUGCGAUAUCACUUAUUAUAUAAUGCGUUAUCGUACUAAUAUUGUGUGUUGUAUGUUUGGAUGUUUGACAUUUAAUUACGCAAGAACGAUUGAUUUUGGAUGAAAUUUGGAAUUGAGAUAGAUUAUCCCCUUAACAUAUAGGUUACCUAACUAACCUUCCAAAACAGCCCUACCCCCUUUCUUAUAUGUGGGUGAAGAGCGGGAAAGCUAGUUGAUAUAUCUCAUAUUUAAAUUCCCCCCUUUCUGUACGUUCCUUUUAUAAACACAAGUAUAACUUGUAUUAUAUAAUAUGUAAAAUAAAAUAUCUCUACAUAUUCUAUAAAGUAACACUUCUAUUAUUAUAUUUCAAUAGGAAAACGUGAUAUUGCUAAUAUUAAGCUAUUAACAACCUUAUUACAAUGGUACAAGAUUUAUUUAUGAACAAAUACUGUUUACUUCCAGUAAAUGGUCUUGAAUCUUGAAUAUUUCAUAAUUAUCGAACAUUAAACUAUGAACCUAUUUCAAAUUUCUUAGUAAGUAUUUAUUAACGAACAAUAACAAUUAUUUAUUGAAGGUAGUGUAUGGACGAUUUACGGUUUUUUAACCGACUUAGAAAAGGAGGUUCUCCCUUCGACCCUUGUAUAUAUGUUCGUAUGUUUGUGAUUGUCUCAAAAACUAAUAAUCCGAUUAGGAUGUUUAGGAUUCGUUAUGUUGUAUUAUAUAUAUAUAUAUAUAUAUUUGCAUUCGCUUUUAAUUUUGUAUUCGUUUUUGGUUUCGCUCCAGCUGUCUUUUGUUUUAUAAUUCUACGGUGUAGGUUUGUGUUUAAUUUCAUACGUAACAAUAGGGUAAUAGUAAUAUUGCCUCCAUAUUUAAAAUUGUAAAAAAUUAAGUUGAUUUACAAUUAGGUAUUGAAAUGCAAAUAUUUAUCCGAUGAAACUAACUUAAGCUAUCGUCUACUGUUUAUCAAUCCCAAGGUGAAAAUUGUCAUGACAUUCUGGGAAUAUACGAAUCAAAAAUCGAUUAACGACCUAAAUUUUACGAUUUUGUAAAUCGAUAUAAGCUGGCAUCACUUGUGGUGAUAUUCGUUCCAUUCAUUUUUGUGAAUAUUUAUGUUCCAUUCCACGAGACGAAUUCGAAGGGACAAAAUACUCGCACCUCAUCGGUCGAUGUGCGCCGAUCACACACAAUCUUAAGAAAUGAUUUGUCCAAUAAAGGCGUUUACCAAUGGCUGCACUGGGGCAAUUUCCUUCGGGAGCUCCUUUCGUGGAACUAACUUCAUGGCACAGUACUCUUAUAAUGAUUCGAUCUUCUCAUAUAAAUAUCAAUACGAUUGGUUAAUAAGUGUGGGAAUCGGUAAGGUGAAGAGCUUAUCCAGAUAAAACCGGUAAUAAGCGGUUACUAUAUAUGUAUAUUGUAGGUAAAUGUAUUCUUAUAUUUAUAUAUAGAGUAGAUUAAUCUUGAAAAUAAGCAAGAGAUGACUUGCUUGUAGUGCAAAGAGUUAUCGAUGAAAUAAUGUUCCUUAUGUAUCUUAUUGUAUGAAUAUUGAUCAGUUACGUAACUGUUUUAUGUUUAUUUAUGACAAUUUCAAUAAAGUGGUAUAAAAAUG